CGAAAAAGCUCAACAUUGACACACAACAAAACCAUCUAACAAACGAAAUUCCGUAUAAAAUCCCCAAAUAAAGGCCCAAAAAUGAACUGAGAUCGCAACCGAAAUCAAGUCACCACUGAACGAACGACCAGUUACGGCCGCAAACAACGCAACCAUGGAUCCGAGCAUGCAGUCCGCCUUCGUGCCCCCGCCGGGCAUGGGGACGCCGCCGCUGAUGCCGCCCUGCCACCCGAUGGGCGGAUUCCCGCCCGUCAUGACGCCGUUCAGCGUGCCGCCGCCGGGCUUUGGCGCCUUCCCCCCGACGUCCGGGAACGCGGAUGCCUGGACUGAGCACAAGGCGCCGGACGGCCGCACCUACUACUACAACGCGGCCACCAAGCAGAGCUCCUGGACCAAGCCCGAUCAGCUGAAAACCCCUGCUGAAUUGAUGCUGUCGCAGUCGCCGUGGAAGGAGUACACGGCGGACAACGGUAAGAUUUACUACCACAACAUUAACACCAAGGAAUCCCGGUGGAUAAUCCCCCCCGAGUUGGAAGACAUCAAAAAGAAGAUCGCGGCCGAAGAGGCGAGGCCUGCAUCCCUCCCCAUCACACCCAAGGACGUCACCAGUCCUGCGCCGGCCAUACCCAGUGACUCGAACACCAACUCGCCAGCCACUGCUAGUCCUGGAGGGAAAAGCGCCCUGGAGGCGGCUAUGGCGGCCACCUUGGCAGCCAUAGCCCUCCCGACGCCGCCACCGAAGCCGGACGACGACUCCAACGCCUCGACGCACGGCGAUGCCAAGGAGACGAAAAAUGCGGCCCCCGAACCCAAACAAUUCGCCAACAAAAAGGAGGCGAUGGAGGCGUUCAAGGAGCUGCUGAAGGAGAAGAACGUCCCCUCGAACGCGACGUGGGAGCAGUGCGUCAAAAUGAUAUCCAACGACCCACGUUACGAGUCGUUCAAGAAGUUGAACGAAAAAAAGCAGAUCUUUAACUCAUAUAAAACGCAAAAGCAGAAAGACGAGAAGGAGGAGCACAGGCUCAGGGCCAAAAAGGCCAAGGAGGACUUGGAGGAGUUCUUGAUGAAGUCUGACAAGAUCACCUCGAACACCAAGUAUUACAAGUGCGACGAAAUAUUCGCCCACUUGGAGAUUUGGGCUAACGUGGCUGACUCGGACAGGCGGGACAUCUACGAAGACGUCAUUUUCGCCCUGGCCAAACGGGAGAAAGAAGAGGGGAAGAUGUUGAAGAAGCGCAACAUGAAAAAGUUGGCCGAAGUUUUGGACAGCAUGCCCAAAAUCAACUACGACACGACUUGGAGUGAGGCCCAGGUGCUACUUCUGGAAAACACUGCUUUCAAAAACGACGUCAAUCUGUUAGCUAUGGACAAGGAGGAUGCCCUUAUUGUGUUUGAGGAACACAUAAGGGACCUGGAAAAGGAGCAGAUAGAGGAGAAGGAGCGGGAGAAACGACGGUUGAAGCGCCAAAGCAGGAAGAACAGAGACCAGUUCCUGGCACUCCUGGACCAUUUGCAUGAAGAGGGCAAACUAACCUCCAUGUCCCUGUGGGUGGAGCUGUACCCGAUCAUCUCGGCGGACGUCAGGUUCUCCGCAAUGCUGGGCCAGUCCGGCUCCACACCCCUGGAUUUAUUCAAGUUCUACGUGGAAGAUCUGAAGUCCAGGUUCCACGACGAGAAGAAAAUAAUCAAGGACAUACUGCGCGAGAAGGGUUUCGAGGUAAAAGUGAGCACAACUUUCGAUCAGUUCGCCACGGUGAUUUGCGAGGACAAACGCAGUGCGGAACUGGAUGCGGGCAACGUUAAGUUGACGUUCAACUCGUUCCUGGAGAAGGCGGAGGCGAAGGAGAAGGAGCGGCUCAAGGAGGAGUCUAAGCGUAUGAAGAAGCUGGAGGCCAGCUUCAAGACGUUGCUCAGGGAGAUGAAUGUGGACUACGAAAUGUCGUACGAGGAGAUCAGGCCCAAGAUCGAGAACGAGGAGGAGUUCUUGGCGUUUAGUUCUGACACGGACAGGAUGCGGGCGUACAAGGACUUCCAGCACGAGAUGGAGGAGUCGUGCAGCCAUCACCAUUCGCGGUCGAAAAAGUCGAAGAAAAAGAAGAGCAAGAAGUACAAGUCUGAGAGUAGCGACUCGGAGAUGGAUAGGCUGAAGAAGGCGAGGCGGAAGUCGAGGAGCAAUUCGAUUCAGACGGAGGAAGAGGAGGAGGAGUACCGGAAACGGAAGUCCAAGAAGAAGUACAAGAAGAAGAGCCCCUCUAGCACCCCGAUGAGGGAGGAGUCCACGGGACGUGGAGACAUGAGUGAAAGCGAGUUGGAGAAGCAAAGGGCUUUGUUGUUGGCGAAGCUUGAGCACGACAGCGAAUGACAUUUAAGGAAACCACUGGAAUAUUGGAGAUGAUGUUAUAUUCCUGAUGAGUGAACUCCCCUAUUUGUAUAUAGAUAGCUAUAAGGAUUAUUGUCUUAUUAUUAAUUAAAUUAAGACAAAUUAAUUGUUUCUAAAUGUACUUUGACGUCAACAUACAUAUGACCAUUUAUUUAAUUUAUUUCACACAACAAAAUCAACUUGUGUGACUGAAAUUUGGGGGAUAAUAAUUGUUUUAUACAUUAAUUAAUCUAAAACAAUAAAUUUUCUUACAGUAGAA